AGCAGGCUGGCGUGACGUUACAGGCUGUCAUUGAGCUGGAGCUAUGAAUGCGGACAUGGAGGAACAGGAAGACGAACUGCUCGCCUUGCAAAGUAUCUUUGAUUCGGAGGAGUUCGUCAGGGAUGAAUCGAAGUCUGCCGGAGAAAUUCGAGUAUCUGUUGAGCUGCCUUCAGAGUUUAUUGUGGCCCUGAAAGAAGGUGAAACACUGAGGCAGUAUGAGUUCUCAUUCCUUCCACCUCUGCUACUGACCUUUGAACUCCCUGAUGACUACCCAUCCUCCUCCCCUCCCUCCUUCACCCUCACCUGCAGCUGGCUGACACACACUCAGCUCUCUGCACUGAGUGCUCAGCUCACUGAUCUCUACCAGGCCACCGGUGGGGCUGUGGUGCUCUUCUCCUGGGUACAGUUUCUUAAAGAAGAUGCCCUAAGGUUCCUGGACAUCCAUACUCUGCUGGAGCUCCCCUCUGAUGAACACAGCACCCAGUACGAUAGCCAGGACUCUUUAAAUGCUGCACACACUAAACCAAAAAAUAAUCAACACACUCCAAAGACAGGACCCACAGAUAGCCAAAGUUGUAAUAUCUUAGAUCCAUGUAAAUCGGACCUCUCUGCACCAUCGUUAGAAGUUGAGCAUCCCAUAGUGAUUCUUGCUGAUGGCCAAGAUCCUUCAAUCUCAGACUGGAGCAGCACAGACUCCCAGGGAGCUGUGGCAUUGAUCCAAAACACUUCUAAUGAUUCCAACCAUAUUGCACAGGCCUCAGACGCGAGGGAGGCUGAACAGACCCCCCAAACCUCAGAGGUCAAGGCUGACUUAGAGAAUGAUCUGAACUCAGCAGCAGGCCAAUCGAAGCGUCUUCCAUUUGCCCAGUCGGAUCAAAGUGGCCAGGAAGAUUUCUUAAACGAAGGGGAUGUUUCAGUCUCAUUAUUACUUCCCUCUAGCUCCUCAGACCCACAGGAUCAAAGUGAACAAGGAGCUGCUUCUCUGCCAAUUGACCCCAGAGAAUCCCCUCAUAAUGAAACCCACACGUUCCCUGGUCUCUCCCAAACUCCGUCACAAGCUCUUCUGAGCCAGCUCUUGAUCUAUAAUGAGGCUCAGAAACAGAAAGUGUUUGCCACCACAGUGUUUGACUGCGGUGUGUGUUUUAUGCGCUGGCUCGGUUCGGACUGCGUGCAGUUGCCCGAGUGUGGCCACAUCUUCUGCCAGGCCUGUCUUGCCGAGUUCUGCAAGCUCCAGAUAACAGAGGGGAACGUCCGGGCUGUCACCUGUCCUGAGGCAGACUGCUCUGCCACCCCUACACCUGCACAGGUGAAGCGGCUGGUAGGGGAGGAGCUGUUUAGCCGCUAUGAUCGUCUCCUGCUGCAGUCAACUCUGGACGGCAUGGCUGAUGUGGUGUACUGUCCUCGGCGGACCUGUGGUUCAGCCGUCAUCGUGGAGAAAUCCAGCACUGCAGCUCUGUGCUCUGUGUGCAACUUUGCCUUCUGUGUCACCUGCAAGAAGACCUACCAUGGAACAGGUGACUGUCGGGUAAAGAAGAAAAUGAACACGGAAAUACAAGUCAUUGCAGACCUACCACAGUCACAAGAGGGGCUGAGGGCUCUGUUGGAUGACUAUAACAGUGGCAGUAAGAAGAGGCAGGGCCUCUUGGAGAGCAGAUACGGCCAAAGAAGAAUGCAGAACACUGUGGAGGACUUUCUGAGUGAAAGCUGGAUAGACUCCAAUAGCAAAUACUGUCCUCAAUGCUACUGCAGAAUAGAGAAGAACAGAGGAUGUAACAUAAUGACGUGCUCUCAGUGUGGACAGAGCUUCUGCUGGGCCUGCCUCUCCAGACUAGGAAAUAGUUCAGGCAGACACUUUGUGGACACUCCCUGCUCUCUCCACGUAUAUGACUAGCGCUGCUGGUGCUUCAGCUACCUUUACUACCAGCCUCUGGCCACUUCCUAUGGAGGGAAUGGAGUAAACGCUGUGUUCAAAUUGGUUAGAUUUAUGAAUUUACUUUUAACAAAUACUUGACAGUGCACAUAAAUGUAGAUUUUACGAAAAAAAAUGCAAACAUAAAUAAUGUGGAGCAUAUAAUUAUAACCUCAACACAUUUUAAAUCUGUCAGUGGUGGAAGAAGUACUUCAAUGUUUUAGUAAAGUAAAACUAGCAAUACCACAGUAUCAAAAUGCUUAUCAUGCAAGAUGUCCCAUUUCAGAAUAUUAUAUUAUUGGAUUAUAAUCAGUGAUGCAUUAAUGUGUAAGCAUCCCUAUUGUUGCAGCCUGAAAAAAAGUGGAGCUAAUUUUAACUACUUUAUAUACUGCUGGGUAGUGUAAUCCAAAAUAAUAGAUCAUCACUAAUUAGUCAAUUUAUAUUUUGUAUUAAUAAUCUGAAUCUGAGAAGUAACUAGUAACUGAUGUCAUAUAAAUGUUGUGUAAAAGGUACCAUAUUGACUUAAUUAAGUGGGGUAGAAGUUAGGGCUGUGUAUUGGCAAGAAUCUGGCGAUACGAUACGUAUCACGAUA